AUGUCUGGGGUCAUAGCUGUCCUCAUUAUGGGGCUUCUCUUGGACACUGUCAACUUCAGCCCAGAAAUUGAAGUGUUUCUUUUACGGCGCAUGGCCAUGUAUAGUGCGGUGCAGCGGGUGCGGGAGAGCUCGCAGAACACUUUCAGUUUGUUGAAGAUUGACAGGUUUUUAGCAGAUGCUAACUGGGAAAUGGCAGAGCAGAGAGUCCUCAUAGAGGACCCCUAUAAAACACCCAAUGAAAAGGUUAGCAUUGAAGAGUUCUCUCCCACAGCCAGGAUGACUAAGUGCCCAGACUGUGACAGGGACAUUCCCUAUGCACCAUCACCACAGGAGCUGGAGGACAUGAUGGAGGAGGCUCGCAUGCGCAUCCUGAAGGCUCAGAAGACAAGCUACUGGAAGCAGUACAGCGCUGGAAUGCUGAACCGAGAGGCAGCCAGGACCCUGAUCAAUACAGCUGAGAACAUGACAGACCACAAGGGAAAGUUCAUGAGUGUUCAGGAUGUCAAGAAAUACUGGGAGCUGAAAGGUGUUUUUGUGUCUCUUCGGAGGAGUCUAGAGGACUGGCUGUACAAUGUCAAGCUUGAUAAACUUAAACCAUCAAGGAAUGCGAUGCUCAAGCGGUGCUACCAGGUUGUCUUCAGCCUCCCCUUUGAGUAUUUCAUCUACGCAUUGAUUGUCCUCAACAUCUUCCCCAUCAUCCUGGAGUUCAUCCCAGCGAUCAGUGACAAACAUAACCUAGAACUCAGUGUUAUCAACUACAUCUUCUUCAGCGGCUAUCUUGUGGAGGCUAUACUGAAGGCUUUGGCCAUGAGGAAGGCUUAUAUCUUCAAUCACUGGAACCAGUUUGACCUCUUCAUUAUCGUCUUGGCUUGUGUUGACAUAUUCCUGGACCAUUAUUUAGAAACCACAGCAUAUGUUGUCAAUAUUCACAUGAUAAAAAUUGUGAAGGUGUCUAAAAUGAUCCGCCUUACCAGGGCACUUCGUUUGGUGAAGAUCAUCAUUCCCAAGCUCAUAGAAAUCAUAAACCGUCAGAUCCAUAAGCAGCUCAGUUUUGGGUAUGACAUCGGGAAAGGCUAUGUCAUCGGAGAGGAGCACAUAAGCAAGAUCAUUGACCAUAUCUCUGAUGACAAAAGCAUAUCUAAGAAAUUGAAAAGAAUACUGGAGAGAAACUGCCAGCAAGCUGUCAGGGAGAUUGGCUUGCUGCAGAGAGACCAUCCUGAGAUUGCCAUCUCGGUGAAGACCAGACAGGCCAUACGAGCCGUGCUGAACAGUGAGAGAGACGCCAUUCAUACACUCGUGUCCGGGGGACUCUUAGAUGACAUAGAAGCAUCAAAGCUGGAGAAGAUGAUUGAAAUAAAAAUGAAGAAAUUGAUCAAAUUUCCGCCAACAAUCCCAGCAGCAACAGCAGAGGAGCUUCUGCAGAAUUUGCCUUGGCUGAAUAAAGACAGCACCCAGAUUCAGUUCAUCAAGACAGUGGCCAAGCUUCUUUUCUUUGACUUUGGAGACACCAUCAUACAAGAAAAUGAUGACCCUCAAGGAAUACACUUGAUUGUCUCUGGCCUGGUUAAGAUGACUGGAGGAAGCCCAAACCUUGGAGGCAAGAGGCCCAAGGAGAAGACCAGACUGACAGACUACAGGAGCUGCGGGGCCAUCAUGGGAGAACUCAACUGUCUCACCCAGCAGUCUAUGGAGAUGACGGUCACCUGUGAGACAGCCACUCAGACCUGCUUCAUUGCUAUUGAAUCUCUGUUUGAGGCGUUUGAUGUUUUCCCCGAGUUCCCGUCUCUGGAGUAUAUGAUCUGGCGCUCCCUGGCAGUGAAAAUCAGCACCAGCACCUUCAUGGAGCACAUUAUCUAUCAGGGCUGGAGUUACCACAGGAUUUGUUCUCAUCUGGCCCGGGCCUAUCUGGUAGACGUGGAGGUGAACAGGAAGUUUGACGUGUACGACGGCACCAUGGAGGACGUGGUGGUGAUCUAUGGGAGUUGUGAUGACCUUGCGUCCCAGUGCUCCUACAACGCCCCAGCUCUCAUCAGCAGGACUACUCACCAGCAUCUAGAGAUGAUCGAUCAGGGCUGCUGA